AAUCAGGAAAAACCCAAAUCAAAUUGUUUUCUUCUAUAACGAAGUUCUUUUAUCCUAAAUACUCUUUCUCCUUACUAGCUUUCUUUUCUUUAGUUGAAUCUUCCGAUCUUAGUUAACGAUCUUGGGCUAGCAGAAGGCUUUCCGAAUUAUACGUUUCUUCUGCUAUUCUCUACAUUUCACUGAAUCAUAACUUUUUCCUCUUUAAUUCCAUCAAAGUACAGUAAACAUGAAUUAAUAGUUAAAAAUAUAACGUAUGAAAGUAAGGAAAUAACCAUUUAUAAAUAGUUUAUCUUUUUGAAUGCUAACUGUUUUUUCCCUAAAUAAUUUGUUUUUAAAAAAUGGUACCAUAAAUCAUGAAACCGCAAAAUCCAUCAUAAAUGGAUUUAAUUUUGGUUUUAUGUAAAAUUUAACUCGAAUGACCGAUUUCUAGAUCAUUUGUUGAUAUUUAGCCAUUAAAUAAAAUUUGAACAAAAAUAUUCUAACCAAAAGAUUAAAAAACUCUUAACACAAAAAAAUUGGCACUUGAAAUUGACUAGUGAACUAGUUAAAAAAUUCGUGAUUUUUUUAAUUAUGCUGUUUGAUUUGAGUUAUUUUUCAUAAAAUUGUACUCAAACUAGAAGUGUUUGAACAAAAAGACAAAUAAAAAACAAAUUUUGAUGAAAAAGGUGAAAAUGCUGGCUUGACUAAUUAAUCAAAUCUUGACAACUAGUUCCAGUGGUCCUCCUUCCUCCUCUUUUACGCUAAUUGAAGAAAAUAAAGAAUUUAGUGCGUUUGAUAUGAAGAAAAGUAUUUUUCGUGAAAAAUAUGGUGAGAGAUGGAGUGUGGAUUGAGUAAGGAUGUGGGUAGUGGGGAUAGGGGCUACGAGGAUGGGUGUGGCGAAUGAGGAUGAUUACGAAGUGUAUUGAAGGAUGUGAAAGACCCAAUCUAAAAUUUGAAUUGUUAUUUGUUUAACUUGUUUAAUUUUUUACUUUCACCGAUUCGGAAGGAGGUCAUUUCCUCUAGUGUUUAAGGAACUUAUUUUUCUAGAGAAAAUUUAUUUAAUCAGAAAACUAAAAAAUUUCUUAUCCUUCAUACCGAACAUCAAAUACUCCCUUAGUCAUUUCAGACUAAUUAAUAUCAUUUAAUUUUUUUUUCAAAAAUAUUAAGAUUUUUCUCUAAAAGGUUAAAAUCAAAAUUAGAAUGGAUCUCCUUUUAAUUAAAAGGAAUUGUAGAUUACAAACAAGUGACUCAUGUUAUAUUUUCAUUUGUUUCAUUCUUUUUAUAAAAAAAAAAUUCAAUGUGUUAUUUUAAAUUUAUUUAUGAAGAAUGUGAUACUUCAUAUUGCAAUACAACAGCAUCUUUCAUAUAAUUUAUUUUUAGGGAAGAGUUUAAAAUAGAGUGAAUAUUUAAUUUUUUAGAGUAAAUUCCACCUUUGGCUUGAAAACACACCGCUCAUUUUAACUACUACUAUGUGCUUAUUCAUUAUCAAUUCAUACGUUCUAUUUAUUAUACUUCAAUAUUUCAAAUGCUAUAUUUAAGUCUUUUAGGACAUUCCUCCUAUUUUUAUUUAUAUGUAAUAAUAUAUUUAAUUUUAAGAUCAUGAAAUUACUGAAGUCUAAAAAAAUAGGAGGAAUGUCCUAAAAGUAUUAGAAAAUAAAGUAUUUUACAUACAAAUGCGACGACUAAAUCAUUCCGUCAAAAUAGGGAACUGCCCAAAGGAAAAAAAAAUAAUAUAUGCGGCUUCGGAUUAAGCCGUUUAAAAUAUACAUCGACGGCUUGAAUUAAAUCAAAGUGGCUCCACAAAUUCACUUUAAACCCGGUCCACUAUCAUCUCUUUUCUCUCUCUACCAACGCUCUCUCUGUGUCUCGUUUUCCGCUACUUCAAAGCUUGCUUAACCUGCGCACUUUCAACUGCUUAACCUGCGCACUUUACCUGCCUGAGUAAUGAAGCCGCCAUUUCAGUUCGUAAUAAGGAUAUCAUCAAGAUACAGGAUGUAACAGUGAUCCAACGGUUGUGAAUUCGCUAACAAUGGACGGUCAGAGAAGCCAAGCGAAACUUACGAGGACUCAUUCUUCACUUCUCCGAUCAUCUCCGAUGCUCCGGUCAUCUAGCUUUAGUGUAUCUUCAAUUAACGAAUUCGUAGAUGAUCAUGAACUGGAUAUUGAAGAACAGAAGCCCCACAGAACCGGCGCUACUCUGGUUCGAUCGGCUUCGUCCCGUUUCUGUGAUGGUACGGGCAGGGUAGCUCCUGUUAUAGCGGUUUUCUUGCUCUCUGUAUACGUUCUGUUCUAUUUCUUCAACAGGGGUGACAGAUCCAUAUCGGAGAAUCUGCUUCUAGUACUGAUUUUCUUUGCGAUUUUGCUUUACUUCGCCGGAAAGAACAAGAGUACAAUUCAUCAGGGUUAUAAUGGGUUGAAGAUGACGUGUAAUGUGUAUGGAAGGAAACUUGGUUUAGUGUCUAAUAAGCACGUUAAAGUGCAAUGGUUCAUCGGAGAGAGAAAAUUAGAUGUGAAAGAGAAGAAGGGGAAAGUGAGAGAAGGAGUAGAGGUAUACAGCAACGGGGACGUGUAUGAAGGGGAGUUUCACAAGGGGAGGUGUAAUGGUAGUGGGGUCUACACUUAUUCUAUGAACAGUAGAUAUGAAGGUGACUGGAUUGACGGGAGGUACGAUGGUUAUGGGGUAGAAAGCUGGGCUAGAGGUAGCAAAUAUAGAGGGCAGUAUAGACAAGGACUGAGGCAUGGCUAUGGAGUUUACAAAUUCUUCAAUGGAGAUAUCUAUGGUGGGGAAUGGUGUAAUGGACAGAGUCACGGAAUUGGGGUCCAGAGCUGCUCCGAUGGCAGCUGUUACAUCGGUGAAUUCAAAUGUGGCAUAAAACACGGCCUCGGCUCUUACCAUUUCAGGAAUGGGGAUCGAUACGCAGGAGAAUAUUUCGGUGACAAGAUUCAUGGUUUUGGUGUGUAUCACUUUGCCAAUGGGCAUUGCUAUGAAGGUUCAUGGCAUGAAGGCCGCAAGCAAGGUUACGGAAUGUACAAAUUUAAAAAUGGUGACACAAGGUGUGGUGAAUGGGCCUCUGGUAAUCUCAAUACUCCAUUGCCCCCACUUACUGAUGUCGUCCUUCGAGUUGUUCAGGCUAGUAGAAAGGCAGCAGAGAAUGCAAUUAACAUACGUAGGGUCGAUGAUCAAGUGAACAGGGCAGUGAUAGCAGCAAACAGAGCUGCCACUGCAGCUCGAGUUGCUGCUAUAAAAGCUGUUCAAAACAGGAUACAUGGAAAAUUUUGUGACACUAACAAUUGAAGUUUGAUAAAAUGUAAAUUUAGUACUACUACUUGUAUGCAAAGUAUUGAAUGAAUAUUCCAAAGCCACCCUGGCUGGCAAAAUGCCUGUUGGAGGUUGAGUUUAAUGCUGUAACUUUUAGUUGACAAACAAUUAUAACUUGUAUAUACACUCUUUCAAUCAAAUCAUACAUGUGUAUUGCGUUUAUUGAUUUA